UGAUUUUGCAUUUCCGGGGAGAGAACUGUAAGUAAAUAAUACAGUUCUCUCCCCCGUCAACUCCUGCCCACUGCUAUGCAUGGAUUUGCAUAGCAGAGUCAUGCAAACCAGUGUGCUUACAGUGAAGCACACACACAGCAUACAGUAAAACAGCACAUAGCACACAGUUAACCCUUUGAUCACCCCACAUGUUAACCCCUUCCUGCCCAGUUUUGUUAGUACAGUGUCAAUGCUUUUUAUUAGCAUUGAUCACUGUAUUGGUGUCACCGGGGAUGUCAGUGACACCAAGUCAGUUCCCCCCAGUGUCAGAAUGCCCGCCGUAGUCUCGC